AUGAGUGUCUCUGCUAGUGCUGCUUUGCCCUCUGCGGGGGCAACAUCAUCCCAGGUGAUCCAUUGCACUGAAGAACUAUCACGAACUCUACAUGCCUUGCGGCCGAACAAGAAGCGGAAGAAGAAUCCCAAGCUGAAUUCCUACUUGCGCACUUCCAAGCCGUCAGGGAUUCAGCAUCGUCAGCAUACUCAGUAUCAAGUUCGCGGGGAUGGAUCUAUUAGCUACACGCGGUCAUAUCUCGAGCCUCCUAAGAACGCCCAGGCAACAACCCAGCCUAAGUCGACAACAUCAGCCCUUAUCCCUGAUCAAUUCGAUAACACUGUUGAAUCAUGGGAUGUCGAUACCGUGCCGUUCGACGAUGAAGAUGUAAGAAUAGGUCGCGCACCAGGAGAUCGCCCUCUGUUUCUUGAAGAGAUAUUGCGUCUCGAAGGCAAGGGCAACCUCAGGAACGCGCCGUGUUCUGGGUGCGGUGAUCUUUCCCCCAACUAUCGUUGUGAAGACUGUUUUGGCGUCAAUCUCCAAUGUUCAUCCUGUAUCAAAACUGCACACCAACUCCAUCCACUCCAUAGAUUGCAGAAAUGGAAUGGAAUGUUCUUUGAACGUGUCACCCUGAAAGCCCUCGGGCUCCGAAUCCAAUUGGGCCAUGCACCUGGUCAGGUGUGCCCCAAACCCCGUCGCGCCUUCAACGAUGAUUUCGUUGUCAUGGAUUCUCAUGCUAUUCAUGAGGUAUCACUCGACUUCUGCGGUUGUUCAAAUGCAGUCGCACACGUACAACAACUUCUUCGAAUCUCUUGGUUUCCUUCCACGACGGCCAACCCUAAAACGGCAGCAACAUUCCGUCUCCUGGAGGAAUUCCAUAUAUUGUCUUUUGAGUCUAAGGUAUCGGCUUAUGAAUUUUACAAUGCUCUUACGCGGAGAACCAACAACACCGGUCUGGCCCCUGUUAAGUCUCGAUAUGAGUGUUUCAUGCGAAUGUUACGUGAAUGGCGACAUUUAACCAUGCUUAAGCGGUCCGGCAGAGGGCACGACCCCAAAGGCUUGGAUGCUACAGUAGAAGGAGAAUGUGCCGUGUUGUGUCCAGCUUGUCCGCACCCCGGUAAAAAUUUACCGGACAAUUGGGAGAAUGCUCCUCAGGCGAAACGUUGGAUGUAUGCAUUGUUUGUCGCCAUCGACGCCAACUUCCGUCUCAAGCAGAAAGUUGUUUCCAACAAUUUCACGGACCCCAGUUUAAGUCGCGGCUGGACUUAUUUUGUAGAGGAGGCAGGGUACAAGGAAUUCCUCGCAGAGAAGAUCGACAUUGUUCAAGAGAAAUCUACUUGUUCCAGUCAUACUGCAGUCAACAUGGCAGACACAAAGACCAACCGGGGCCUGGCUGCUACUGGUCUGGGCACCAUCGACUGCGCCCGUCACAAUAUGAAACGGCCAAACGCAGUUGGAGACCUUCAAAAAGGUGAAAAGUAUAUAAAUAUGGACUACUUAUUCUUUUCGACCCUUCGCCAUUCGUCCCUGAAGACUCUCAACAUCUCCUACGAUAUUGCCUGCCAGUGGCAUAAGAAGCUAUGGCAGCGUAUGAGCGCGUUCCCUACUUCAAUGCAGUUCGAUCACACUUCCAAGGCCAUCUCUUUCUUCGUGCCGAAGUUUCACUUACCUGCGCAUGUCGAGAAAUGCCAGACUACCUUUUCGUUCAACUUCAAACGAGGCGUUGGUCGCACGGAUGGCGAAGCGCCGGAACGUGGGUGGGCCAACAUCAACCCCGUUGCGUCCAGCACCAAGGAGAUGGGACCUGGUGCACGGCGGGAUACCUUAGAUGAUUUUUUCGGCGACUGGAAUUGGAAAAAAGUUGUCGGUCUUGGUAAUACUAUGCAGCGCAAGCUUAAAGAAGCUGUGCCUCAAUGCGCGGAUCAUCAAGCAGCCCUUAACGACCUUGAAGAAGGCCUUAAAGAGGAGUACGGGGAGGUUUUAGAGCAAUGGAGAUCGCAGGUGGAGGCCUGGGAGAAUGAUCAAAGUCAACUUAAUCCCUUCGAGCGAAACUCAGAUGUAAUAACACUAGCGUCCGUUCGGCUAGCGCUGGCCAAAGAAGAGGAACAAAGCAUGCAGAGCGGUGCCCGUAUCUCACUUCACGAGGAUUGCUCCCCUAGUAUAUUGAUCAGUUCGGCGCUGGAACUUGAGGAGCAACAACGGCGCUUGAGAGCUGACAAGGAUGGUCGUGGUUUACACGUCACGGACAAUCAAGAAGGUAAAUUAGUCGAGCGUAGUAAUGCAUUACAGCGUCGCCUCGAUUCCUGGGUCAAGAUUCAAGAGCUCUAUAUGCCCAACGUCGCGGCCAUGCGGAUCUCGGACAAUGCAACCGCCGCAAACCCUUCCUCCAUCUCUUCCACCGCUGAAAGCUUCAAGUUAUGGUUACCUUCGCAGAUCGGGAGGUCUCUACCUUGCGAUCAAUCCCUGCAGAGGACAGAAUGGCGACUUCGAUACGCUCAAGGCCACGACGCGCUUCGCUCUUUGCGCUCCUGCCUGCGCGCUCAAACAGCCAUUCUCAAGCACAAAGACCGACACCUUCGAGGCCAAGGGGCGAAUACCAGAGCUCGCAACACUCUCAAGGCGAUUGACAUCAGGAUCGAAUCCGCUACUAGGAGAUAUGAAUGUAAUUUGUUGAACGAGUCCGGCUGGCAAUCUUCGCUACGUCCCUUAAGCCGCCAAGACAUACGCUCGAUGUCCGACAUUCUUUGGGGAGAAUCCGAAGGCAGACGAAAGCUCCCGUGGAUCUGGAAUAUGCGGGGCGCUGGUGGAAGCGAAAAAGAUGAUAAUGGAGCUUUGGAAGACAUGAGGAUUGAAUGGUGCAAAGCGAGAGCUCGUGCAAUGCGAUGGGAGGAGGAAGUAGCACUCCUUCGGGAGGAAAUGCGUCGCAUAGGAGCAUUCCUGAGGUGGGAAGCGAGGCGUUGGGACGAAAGGCGCAACGAAGUUGUACCGACUGACGCGGAGCAUGAGGACGGGUGCGUAGCGUAUGCACAUCGUCAGGCGCACUUGCGCAUGCAACUGGCAGCCUCGUUUGAGGCGAAUUGGGCACAGACGCUAUCUCAUCUGAACGUGCAGGAUGGGUCCGAAGAAUGUAUUAUAUAG